UAUGUUAAAAACUUGUGAAUAAAAAGUUUGAAACAUAACAAAAUAAAUACCUUUGCAAUGUUACUUCAAUUUAGUACUUAUUAACAAAGGAUGUAAUCCUUAAACUUUCCAGUUAUUUCUAUCAACCCAUAAAAAUGGAUGAUAAAAAAAUUACCAAUAUAAUGCGUACUCCAUUGAGAAAUAGCAAUUUGGCUAACAAACCAUUUUGUUCACCUUUUAAAUGUGAUACUACACCGAUAAAAAAUAAUGCAAAAAGACUGUUGUCCUCGCCAAUACAUAUAUCCUUGUCUCCAGAACAUCUAAUUAAACGGAGACGCAUUGAACUUGAAGAUCCAGAAAAUAGUCCACAAAAUACUGAUUCUACUGAGAAGGUUGAAAAAAAAUUCAAUGUGAAUAAAAGGGAUUUACUUGAAUUAAAAAAACGAGUCAGAAAUUUACGACAAGAAGUUGAAAGUUUAAAAGUUAAACUUGCUUAUAGAAGAAAGCACAAAAAGGAAGAUUUGAGAGCUGAUAUUGAUAAAUGGAGACAGGCUUGCCAUAAAGCCUUAAUUCAAUACCAAGUAGAUUGUUCAGAGAAUAAUCAAAGUGAAACAUCUAUUGAAAUAUCUGAUAUUCUGUUAAAUUUAGGUAUUCCUGAAGAUAUUGUAAAGUUUCCUAAAGAUUAAGAAUAAUCUAUAUAAGUUAAGAAAUCUAAAAUUUUUAUUAUAAAGAGAGUUAUUUUUUCAUUUUCUACUAAAAAUGUUAUCAUUUGAUUUAACUAAUAUUAAAGAGUCAAAGUAAUGUAUAAUAUAUUUA